AUGGUUCUCGGAUACGGUAUGGUGCAGUAUCACUUUAGCUCUAAAAUGAUCAACAAACGAGUCAACGAAAAGGUGAAGAGGCGGAUCAUGACGAUCCCUUCGAGCUAUUACGAUGUUUCCAUCAAGGAAACGUUAUGCAGCAUUUGUUUAGCCGAAUUUUGCAAGGGAGAAAAAGUCUCCAUGCUUCCUUGUGGACAUGUUUUCCAUUACCAAUGUAUUGUUCCAUGGCUUGGAAAACAGAGCAAGGAAUUGGGAGAGAUCGCGCACGACAAGGAAAUUCGAAUGGAAUUUGGUGAGAGCUUCGGAGGAAGGUGA